AUGGCUGGGCGGUAUGUACCACCAGCUCUGCGCAACAGGAAUCUGGCAUCAGCACCAGCUAGCCAGUCAGGUAAAGCGGUGGAAUCGACCGCAGCUCGCCGCCCAUUGUCGGAGCUUAAGUUAAGCCCAGACAGGAAUGACCGCCCACUGCAUACAUUGCAGGAAAUCGCUCCUCAUUAUGGAGAUAACAUGACCCAUUCUACACUUCAUGACUCUGCUAAGACCCCUGGAAUGCUCUCCUAUGUCGUACUUUUUCAUGGCGCCAACCCCAGGUGGUACAGUGAUCACAUUAUCUUUGCAAGAACUAAUAUAUCUUUUGUCAAACCUUUCACCACGGUACAACAUGACCACUUGGAAGCAAAACCCGGGGGACUAGAAGCCAGUUCUCGGCAUAUAGCACUACGAUCUUCACACUCAGGCGGUGAGGUUUUGAACGACCCUGACAAAGAUACUUCUGCAGAGUCUCCGUCAGAUGUGAAGACUUCGAUACUGUCCAAUAGUGAGGAAUCGCCAAAACCGCACCUCAUUCCAGUGUUCCUAGAAGCCAAAGGGAGGCCUUCACAGGGUCGUAGUGCAGUAUUCUAUGGUUACUUCAGUAUUCUUCAUGUGGACUUUCUGGAGCCCCAAAGUCCGGAGCUAGUGCGUAUGCUAGAGCAGAAAUGGUCGCCUUCCAAAUUUGGGUCUGGACAAACGAGACGGCGGAGUCCUGAGCGCUGGGCAGAUAGUCUGAGACAGGAAUGGGUCGUUAUACAGAUGACAGAAGUUCUUUCGGACCAUACGCCAGGCGAUCCUGUGAUCCAGGCAAUGAAGGAAGAACACGGCAAAGAGAAUGCGGCGAUGUGGCAAGGCGGACAAGGAGGGAGAAACGAGGAAGCGACAGAAGAGGGAGAAAACCGCAGCCAUGAGGACAAUACUUAA